GAAAAAUGUCUACGUUGGAGUAGUUCUCAUCAAAUAGACGCAGUACGAAAGUUAAUCAUUUAGUCAGUAACUAAUUUUAAUCAUCUUGAAUGAAAUGAACCACUGUUGAAUAGUUGAUUUACAUAACAAGUAGCUGAAAAUGAAUUUGGGUGGUUCAAUUCGGAUUAAUAAAUUUGGCGUACUGAUCAUCGCCGCAUUGUUGGUCUUUCUGGUUUACUAUAUAUCGACCGGAAAAUCCCGAAGCUCAAACUACGCAUUGAACAAAAAUCCCAAUGAAGUGAACCUGCGAAAACUAUUGAUCGGGUCGAUCCAAGCCGCCCAGCGUGGUGGCUUCGAAGUGGUGGAAGUUUCCAAAAGUCCCGAUUUCAAUGUCCACAGCAAGGGCAAAACCAAAGAAGGAGCAAAUGAUCCGGUGACGGACGCGGACUUCCGCUCACACUGUGUCAUGGCCAGUGGACUACAUCGAAUCUUUCCCAAGCUGAAAAUCAUAUCCGAAGAGGAUGGCACAAAGAAACCGUGCCCCGAUGCUAAGCUGUUCGAUCUGGAUCCCACUGUAAUACACGAGAAUUCCAACGUGCCGGAUGAAAUUGUAGGAAUUGAAGAUGUCACGGUGUGGAUCGACCCACUCGACGCAACACAAGAGUACACAGAAAACCUGUUCCAAUAUGUCACCACCAUGGUGUGCGUGGCGAUAAAGGGCGUUCCAACUAUCGGCGUAAUUCACAACCCAUUCACGAAGAAAACCGUUUGGGCCUGGACAAACAAGGCCGUAUCGGAACCACUGAGCUACAUCAAGAGGGAUGAGGACGUAAAACAUCCUGUUAUUGUUGUUUCCCGAUCCCAUAGUGGCGACGUGAAGAACCUUGCCAAGGAGGUGUUUGGAGAAAAUUUGCAUAUUAUUCCGGCAGGAGGAGCAGGAUACAAGGUCCUGCAGGUACUGCACAACAAUGCUACGGCAUACCUCCACUCGACGGCCAUAAAAAAGUGGGACAUCUGCGCUGGAAAUGCAAUCCUCGCUGCCAUCGGGGGCAAGAUGACGACUCAGAAAAAUCAGGACAUUUCCUACAGUGACAAGGAUUCGUUUCUGAAUGAGAACGGCCUGUUGGCGACGGCUGUCGAGAGCAUACACGAGAUGUAUAUCAAAAAGCUAAUUGAUCAUCAGCAAGCGCUGCGGCGUUAGCAUGCGAUCGGUCUCCUCCAACGCAUCACACGCACGCCACAAUUUUGGAGGAGGAUGGAAUGUGUGCGCCCGGGUUCCAAUGAUUUCUGUGAGACUCAUGCAACAUUACUUACCUAGUAUUUGUUCUGAUUAAUUUGUGAUCACGCCUUCGAGUUCCUCGAGUUUAACUUUAAUUCAGAAUUAGAUAGUAGUUUAACUGUGUAUGUAAAGUAAGAUUGUGAUUGAUACAAUUCCUGAAAUCGAAUAAAACAAAAAUUCUCAGCACAUAUUAUUAUUA